ACUUUCUCAUUUGAGCCGGUUGCCAACGGGAGCGAUGUCCUCGUGAACCCCGUUAAUAUGCCGCAUUGCAACUACUCAUUCCUGUAUAUUUACUGCUUACCGGCCUUCUCUCUGAUGACCUUAAACUAGUUUUACAAAAAUGUAGCAAAAGUAGUACUUUUUGGGCGACAGCGCAUUGUUCAAUUACUCUCGAUGCACGAUCGGUGCAGAUUCUGCAGUGAGAUGUAAACAAGUUUUACAACAGGACAGCUCAAAAUAUUUACUGGCUUCUUUGAUUGUAAACCAGUUUGUGUGAUGUUUUAUUGCAUUUAAAUUGCAUUGAUCUGCUUGUACACAGUAAAUGACUAAUUACGCUUUUCGGAGCUCAAUCAGUUAAAUGGUAGGUUUAUGGUAUGUGAUUAUUAAUUAUAUUUGCAUGCUUCCACACACUGAAACAACAAUCAAGUAGAAUAGUUCACGCACGUCAAAGCAACGAUAUCUGGUGCUGCUCGCAUGGUGGUAUGUUUUUACUAACAGAUAGCAUGAUCCUAAUCAUUAUCGUCUAUUACUGCUCAAAUAUUUUCAUUGAUAAGAGUGUUUCAUGGUUAGCUUUACUUUCGACUUGAUUCGCAGUUUUGGAGUGGAGAUGGAAACAUACACAACAUUAAACACAAUCAUUACAUAGAACUGAAUUAUCUUCAUUGAAGCAAUUACAUUUAAGUAGUUACUAGUGCAAAUCAUAAUUACUCUUGAAAAGGUGUACAAAAAAAUAUCCACAUAUGUUUCAGAAAUGAUUCGUAUAGCCACUGGAGUUGCACGUUUGCGUCUAUCGACACGACCACUUUCUGGCAGAGUAAAGCAAUCGGAAUCUCUUGUCCUAACCAAAAUAGAUAGUAAUACAGGCUACGCAGAGGUUACAUUGAACCGAGCUCCCGUAAAUGGAUUGAAUUUGGAAUUGCUGGAGACGCUAGGGAACACUAUGGAUAAUCUGGAGCGGGAAAAAGUUAAAGGAAUGAUACUGACGUCGUUUUCCGAUAAAGUGUUCUGUGCUGGAUUGGACAUUCGGGAACUAAUGGACCCAAACGCUGAAAGACUUCGGUCAUUUUGGACGGCCUUGCAAAACUUGUGGGUGAAACUUUACGGUUCUAGUUUUCCCACCGUUGCCGUGGUGAAUGGACACGCACCGGCCGGUGGAUGUUUUCUUGCCAUAGCAUGCGAAUUUCGUAUCAUGCGCCAAAACUGCACAAUCGGACUCAAUGAAACGGCGUUGGGGAUCACGGUUCCGCUGUGGCUCCAAGCCACGAUGAGAAAUACAAUUGGAUGUCGCAAAACAGAGUUGGCUUGCACGUCUGGAAAGCUAUACAAUUCGCAGGAAGCGUUAGAGAUUGGUUUGGUAGACGAACUGGUCGUUGACAAGCAUGAAGCAAUUGAAAGAGCUAUAAAUUUCCUUGACAAAUUUAGGAAUAUUUCAUCGCAACCACGGUCGCGAACAAAAUUAUUGCUUAGAAUAUCAGAUUUAGACGAGUUCAAGUGUUAUAGAGAGAAGGACCUAGAAAGAUUUAUUUCCAAUACACUGAACGCGGGAUUUCAGCAGGAAUUGCAUCAAUAUUUCGAAUCAUUGAGAAGCAGAAAGUAAAAUUAUAUAUUAUUAAGGAUAAUCAUGAUACAAUUGUUUGCAUUUACUCACAGACUGCCAAUUAAUUUUUCAAGUAAGGGGAUUGCAGUUUUUCACGAAAAAAAAUUCGCCAUUUUAUAAGUAAAAAAUUAUAAAAUGGAGGAUUUUUUUCGUAAAAAUUCCCAUAGUUGAAAAUUCAUUUCGAAAACUCAACGUGAAGCUUAGGUAUUUUUAUAUAGAAUAUGUAAGUUUGAAAUAAAUCGAUUAAGAAGUUUUUGAAUGGCAGUUAACACGCUAAUCGUGUUUUUUUCAGAGAUGUUAUAUAAAAAGCUUCGUCACCGAAUCGCUUGGCGAUAUUUUUGCAUAGAAAAGUUACAGAAUGUUAUUGAAAUGAUACAUUAUAAUGUACAAAAGUUUUGAUCAAUUCGUUGCACCCAAAUUUGUAGAAAAAAAAAAUCGCAAAAAAGUGUUUUUUUUCAUGCUGAAACCGUUACCUUCCCCUUAAUAAAAGUAGCGACACUAUUUGGAAGAUUUCGGCAGGGUGAAGUUUGCGAAAAGAAGAACGUCGAAGUAAAAAUAAGAAGCCGGUUGUCAUGUUUUAUCUUAGAAUUGUACUGGUACCGGAAGAUCACGAUUAAAUGAAAAAGUAUGUUUUACACCAGUAUUUUUCGUUCCGAUUGCAUGAUUGUAAUUUUUUUUAGAAGCUUACGUAAGUUUAGCUGAAAACAUGGUCAAUUCUACCCAUGAUAUCCUACUGAAAGGAAAUGCUUAUUUUUUGCAUUAAUUGAUUGACAAUAGAUACACGUUUAAAUUUUAAACGUGUAAAAGCUCCGUUCGAUAAAAAUAAGGAACGGAAUUAUUAAUACUUUUAUAUUCGUUCACAAAAUAUACAGUACAGUACAGUGUACAGGGGUACAGUGUGUAAUACAUAGAUUGUCAGGGCUCCAUGAAUUGUUAAGCCGCAGAAUUGAGUAUAUUCGAAACAAAAAUAUUUGAUGUUAAAUUCAGUCGUUUAUUGUGUAUUUCAUGCGAAACUAAAUUGGCUUAAAACUAUUUAUUAUAAAUCAAUAAGUCUUCCCUAAUUUUAAUGAAAACGUUUUUUAUUACAAAUAUAUUGGUAGCAUUUUAAUAAAACAAAGACUGAAAAAAGGGGACUAUUAUCAUGCUCUACACGGAUAGUUUCCGUCGGGUGCGCGACGUUAGGCAUAAAUACGUUAGGUAUAAGUACGUUAGGCAUAAUGGAUGUUAGGCAUAAUGGACGAUUGGCAUAAUAUGCGUUAGGCAUAAUGGACGAUUGGCAUAAUGUACGUUAGGCAUAAUGGACGAUAGGCAUAAUUCACAAAAAUAUAAGAGUAAUGGCAAACCUUUCAUUAUUGUAGAAUUCUCAACCUUAAACUCGUUUUUGUCGGCUUAGAAAACACUACGCUUGCUAUACCAUGCCUUUUAACGAGAGACACCAAAAAUACCGUCGGUUCUCAUGGUAAAGAGGGACAGUCUAUCUUUGCCUUGAGAUAUGUUGGUAGACUUGAGCGAUUCGUAGUAAUGUUGCCUAAGCUCGACUCCUGCCAGCAGAAGACAAAAGAUUAGUCCGUAAGAUGUUAAGCCACUUCUAGUU